AUGAAUGCCAUUGAGAUCUCUUUUGGGAUUGUGAUUCUGUUACAAUUCAGCAUUGGAGUCUCAGUAAAUAUGUUUUCCCUCCUAUUUUAUACUUGCAUGGUCUCUGACAGGUACAAGCUUAGCUCAUCAGACUUACUUCUCACCCACCUUAUUUUGGCUAACACUGUAAUGCUCUUCACCAGUGGAAUCUCAGAGACCAUGCAUGCUUGGGGAUUGAGAGAUUUCCUGGACAACGUUGGCUGUAAAAUUAUCAUGUACCUUUAUCGAGUGGCCAGGGGCCUUGCCAUCUGCACCACCUACUUCCUGAGUAUCUUCCAAGCCAUCACCAUCAGCCCCAGCACUUCCCAAUGGGCAGGAAUCAAAACCAAAUUUCCCAAGUACAUCCUCCCCUCCUGUAUCCUCUCUUGGAUCCUCAAUAUGCUAGUGGAAAUUGAUGUACUGAUAUAUAUGACAGGACCCCAGAACAGCAGCAGUGUUUGGAUUAUAUUAGAUCUCAAAUAUUGCUCCAAAGCCAGUGCCAGUGCAGAAAUUGCCUUGAUGAUUGUGACUGUUCGUUCUCUCCGGGAUGUGUUCUUCGUCGGACUCAUGAGUGCAGCAAGCAGCUACAUGGUGUUCAUCCUGCACAGACACCACAGACGAGUCCAGCACCUUCGCAGACCCGGCCACUCCACUAGGAUGAUGCCUGAGGUCCAAGCAGCCAGAAGAGUCAUUGCUCUGGUGACUCUCUAUGUCCUCCUGUAUGGGCGUCAGUCGAUUGUGCUGAGCAUUUUACUGAAUAUGAAAGAAAAGUCUUCUCUGCUAGUAAAUAGCCACAUGGUUUUUUCACUCACCUUUGCAACUGUUAGUCCAAUCCUGAUGAUUAUUAAUGACAGGAGGAUACAUACUAUUUGGAAAAGGGAACCUCCUGUUUCCAAUACAGAUAUUUCAUAG